AUGACGGGAGACGACCUGCAGCGCCUGCUGGAGGCCUUCGGCCUGACCUCGCUGGCCGACGCCCGUUGGUUCACCAGGCACGACAUGCGGCGCCUAGGCACGGCCGCGCGCGUGGGCGCGCUGCUGGACGCAGGCCUGGCUGAGUGCUGGAUGCCCUGCAAGCGCCACUACACCCAGACUCCCCUGAACGAGCAGCGGGCGCUGACGGUGCUGCGCCAGGCCCUGCGCCCGCACUGCUGCCAUGUGCACGCCAAGGAGUUCAGCCUGGGGGCGAGGGGCACGGGCGUCAAGUACCGCGUGGUUGGGCCCGAGACGCGUGUCGCCCGCGUCACCUUCAGCAGGCAGCCCACCGUCCUAAAUCUGGCGUGA